AUGGCACAAGAGCAAGGAGGUGUCCUUACCGGUGCGAAUCCGACCCAUUAUAAUGCAGCCGAGCCUAUAACUUUGUUUAUCAUACAAGUGAUAAUGAUCAUCUUUUUCACGCGUAUUCUUCAUAUCGUCUUGUCACGAUUCCGACAACCUCGCGUGAUUUCUGAAAUUGUAGGCGGUAUUAUCCUUGGUCCAUCAGUUUUUGGUCGCAUACCCAAUUAUAUGGAUACAGUCUUCCCUAAUGAGUCACGUCCUCACCUGUCCUUACUUUCUAAUUUGGGAUUGAUAUUGUUCUUAUUCAUAAUCGGGGUUGAAUUGAAUCCAAAAGUCUUGAUGAAGAAUGCGAGAAUUGCAUUAACUAUUUCUGCCGCGGGUAUCAUUUUGCCUUUCGCUCUUGGCAUUGCCGUUGGGUAUGGAUUAUAUCGUGUAAUGGAUAAUGAUAACGUGUCAUUCUUUAGUUUUAUUCUUUUCAUUGGUGUAGCAAUGUCGAUCACGGCAUUUCCUGUACUCGCACGUAUUUUAUCGGAACUUCAACUACUUCGAACACCAGUUGGAGUUACCGCUCUUACUGCUGGUGUUGGAGAUGACGUGGCCGCAUGGGUUCUGUUAGCUUUGGUCGUCUCGAUCAUUAAUGCAACUUCUUCGCUUACUGCCUUAUAUAUCUUCCUCCUUGCUAUCGCUUGGGUAACGAUAGUUGUCAUUGUUAUUCGUCCGCUCUUGCUAAAACUUAUCGUUAGAACUGGAAGUAAUGAUAAUGGACCUACUGUAACGAUGAUGGCUAUCACUUUAUCCCUUGUGCUAAUAUCUUCGUUCGUUACAAGCAUUAUUGGUGUACAUGCAAUUUUUGGAGGGUUCAUAAUGGGCGUUAUUAUUCCACAUGAAGGAGGUUUUGCUCUGGGUAUAACAGAAAAGAUUGAAGAUUUAGUUAGCGUCUUAUUUUUACCUAUCUAUUUCGCCUUAUCUGGAUUAAAAACUGAGAUUGGUCUCUUAAAUGAUGGUGCAUCUUGGGGAUGGGUCGUUUUGGUAAUCAUUGUUGCGAUGUUUGGUAAGAUCUCGGGUGCUACACUUGCGGCAAGGCUCAACAAAUUGACUUGGAGGGAGUCUUUGACAAUUGGCGUUUUCAUGAGUUGCAAAGGUCUUGUUGAAUUGAUUGUUCUAAACAUCGGACUCGACGCAGGAGUCAUCAAUGCUAAAGUUUUCGUGAUUAUGGUUGCCAUGGCAUUGGUUACAACAUUCGUGACCACUCCUUUAGCGGUCUGGUUAUAUCCACAUGAAUAUCAAAGGAAGAUGGAACAAAAACGAGCCGCUCAAUUAGAAACGCAGAGAACACCUGGUCAAGAAUCUGAUGAUACCAUCUCUGCCAAGAAAAAUAGAUUGUUGGUUGUUCUUAAUAGAGUUGAGCAUCUUCCGGCGAUGAUGAUGCUUGUACAAUUAUUACAACCCUUAUCAGCUUCUAUGAAAAGCGUGAAAGCUCAACCAAAAACGCAAGAAAACGAAAAAACAGCUCAUCAAUCAGUUGGAGAGGAGAAGGCCACUUUCGAUUUACAAUCAAGUUCUCCUAUGACCGUUCAUGUUUUACGACUCGUUGAAUUAACUCAACGUAUCUCCUCUGUAAUGAAAUUUAAUGAAACUGAAGAAACUACAUUGUACGAUCCUAUCAUGAAUAUUUUCAGAACAUUUGGACAAUUGAAUUUUGUCAAGGUUAAAGCAAACCUAGCUGUCGUUGCACAACAAGACUUUGCGCAGCAAGUUGCAGAAAAGGCCGAAGACACUGAUGUCAAUUUAGUAGUCAUUCCUUGGGGAGGUGCAGGUGCAAUCAUUGAUGAUCCAUCAAAUCCACUUGAUGAGGUUCUUGAACCAAGAGUGAAGAAAGUGACGAGUCCACAAGUUGCGCAUUUUAUCCAAGAAAUCUUUUCUGAAGUUUCUCUGAGAGCAAAUGUUGGUGUCUUUGUGGAUCGUGGACUUGGUUCGUCCCCUUUAACGACCUCUAUUGAUAAUGGUGGUAAUAAUAUCACGGUUCGCGUUUUCUUACCAUUCUUUGGUGGUAUCGAUGAUCGUGAGGCAUUGUCAUUUGUAAUCCAUUUACUUGACCAUCCGAAUGUUUCAGUAACUGUCCUCAGAUUAAUUAAAUCUUCUGAACCCACAGAACAUGAUGUAACCUUAAAAGUUGAGGGAGAUCUUGAAGAAAAUGAGGAACAAGGUUCCGAAGCAAACCAACGUCCUUCGCUUUCUCACAAAAUAUCUUCCGCAUCAGCUCAUGUCAUUCGUUCAAAUGUUGCACGAGAAGCAUCUUAUAAAUCUGAUGAGACAUUAUUGUCAAAAACCUUGAAGUCACGUACGGGUGUUGUAGCAUCAAAUGCUCGAAUAAAUUAUACGGAAAUAGCUUCUUCUACACCUUUACAAACGGCAAUUGAACGUGCAAAGGAGGUAGUUGAUCGUAAGGAUUUAGUUGUAGUUGGACGUGGGCGUCAUGAUGUUACUUUUAGUCAUAGAACAGAAUUCUUGGAUAUCCUUAAAAAUUCAGGAGGAGGCUACGGCAACGAAACUCGUAAAUCAUUGGGUGAUAUAGCCGAAUCAUUUUUAGUUGGCGGUAUUGCUGCGAGUAUCUUAGUUUUGCAAGCGAAGAAGUCCACAAAUUCAACGGAUGAAGUUUAA